CGUUCUAGCAAAAGUCAUCAGCAGCAACAUGAACUCCUACUUGGUGAUCGCUUUGAGUGCUGUGCUCUUGGCCCUGGCCAUUGCCACGCCCAUCGAGCUGAACGAGGAUCAGAAGGCUCUGGCCAAGCAGCAUGGCGAGCAGUGUGCCGCCGAACUGAAUCUCACCGAGGAGGAGAAGGCCAAGGUCAAGGCCAAGGACUUCAAGAACCCCACUGAGAACAUCAAGUGCUUUGCCAACUGCUUCUUCGAGAAGGUUGGCACCCUGAAGGACGGCGAAAUCCAGGAGGCUGUUGUCCUGGAGAAGCUGGGCGCCUUCAUUGGCGAGGAGAAGACCAAGGCUGCCCUGGAAAAGUGCAAGUCCAUCAAGGGUGAGAACAAGUGCGAUACUGCUGUGAAACUACACGAGUGCUUCGAGACCUUCAAGGAGGUCAAGGCCUAAGGAGUUCGGUUGGAAGGAGUUUUGGCAAAAUUGUGAUUUGAAAAUAAUUUAAAGUUAAAGCCCAUUAAUAUGAUAAAUUUGAAUAUACAACCUUUUGUCAAAUGAAA